AUGGGCAACUGCAACAGCAGCACCGCGAACACCGAGAGCGUCGAGAUCGCGGGCGAAGAUGCAGUGAAGCACCCGAGCCUGCUGUCCAUUCCCCUGCGCACGAACAUGAAAUUUGGGUGGAAGCCUGACAUGCCUGAUCAUCGUGAUCACCACGUGACCUUCGACGCCGUGAGCACGCCCAGCCAGAUCAAGAGGAAGAGCGAGGGAGAGAAGGAGAUCGUUGACCUUCGACCCAUGAACGGUGGCUUCCCCAUCUUUGACCAGGGACACCUUGGCAGCUGCACAGCAAAUGCUUUGGCAGCAGCCUUCCAUUUCACCCUCCACAAGAUGACGGUCGAGAACCACAAGGAUUUCGCAGACUUCACCCCAAGCCGACUGUUCAUCUACUACAACGAACGCCUCGUCGAGGGCAGCGUGAACCAGGAUGCCGGUGCCAUGCUCCGCGAUGGCAUCAAGGUGAUGUCGAAGGUUGGCGUUUGCCCAGAGAGUGUUUGGAAGUAUGAUGACCAGCAUGACUUCUUCAAGCAACAGCCGGACGAAAAGUCUUACGAGCUGGCGCAGAAGUGUAAGGUGGUGGGCUACGCCCGCGUAGCGCAGGAUUUAAGUCAGUUCAAGAUGUGCAUCAAGAACGGCUACCCCUUCGUCUUCGGUUUCGCGGUCUUGUCAAGCUUUCAAACGGCAGAGGUUGCCAGGACGGGCAAGAUGGUGAUGCCCCAGGCAACUGACCAGCAGCUGGGCGGCCAUGCCGUGUGCGCCGUAGGCUACGACGACUUCCAGCAGUGCUUCAUCGUCCGCAACUCCUGGGGAGAAGGGUGGGGUGACAAGGGCUACUUCUACAUGCCCUACGAGUACAUGUGUCACCCUGCUCUUGCCCAUGACUUCUGGGCCAUCAACUGGGUGGAUGGCUUCAAAAACACCAGGAAGGGGCAGCCUACGAUGCCCAAGAACCCUCUGGUGAGCAGCUUGCCGACGCGCUCCAUUCAGAAGUUUGGUUGGAAGCCGGAUAUGCCGGACCACCGUGACCUCCAUGUCACCUUCCCCAAGGUGGAAGCUCCCACGAAGAUCAAGAAGAAGGCCGAGGGACAGAAGGAGAUCGUGGACCUUCGCCCCAUGAACGGUGGCUUCCCCAUCUUCGACCAGGGUCAUCUGGGCAGCUGCACGGCAAACGCCUUGGCAGCCGCCUUCCAUUUCACGCUCCACAAGAUGGAGGUGGAGAACCACAAGGACUUCGCCGACUUCACCCCGAGCCGCUUGUUCAUCUACUACAACGAACGCCUGGUCGAGGGCAGCGUGAACCAGGAUGCUGGAGCGAUGAUCCGCGACGGCAUCAAGACGAUGUCCAAGGUCGGCGUGUGCCCCGAGAGCGUUUGGAAGUACGACGACGGCCCGACCUUCUUCAAGCAGGAGCCCAACCAGCAGGCCUACGAGAUCGCGCAGAAGUGCAGGGUCAUGGGCUACGCCCGCGUUGCGCAGGACCUGAGCCAGAUGAAGAUGUGCAUUAAGAGCGGUUACCCCUUCGUCUUCGGCUUUGCCGUCCUGUCAAGCUUCCAGACAGCGGAGGUUGCCAGGACCGGCAAGAUGGUGAUGCCCCAGGCAACCGACCAGCAGCUGGGCGGCCAUGCCGUCACUGCCGUCGGCUACGACGACUUCCAGCAGUGCUUCAUCGUCCGCAACUCCUGGGGAGAGGGGUGGGGCGACAAGGGCUACUUCUACAUGCCCUACGAGUACAUCUGCCACCCUUCCCUCGCCUCGGACUUCUGGGCCAUCAACUGGGUGGAGGGCUUCAAGAAUGCGUCCACGAAGCCG